AGCUUACCUAAAUUGUAGAAUUUAAAGUCCAAGUGCCACUAAUUUUCCCUAUCUAUGUGCCUUUGUAUUUGACCAUAGAAAGAGGCUAAAUCCAAAUACCAUAAGUUUAUUUUCAUAUUACAUCACAACAUGUGAGACAAGUCAACAGUCACACAACACAACUAGGAUCAUCAUGUCCUGUUUUGCAACUCAUCUAUAAAUAAAGCAAACCAUAAUUCACAAAUGUGUACACUCAUUAUUCAUUAUAAUAUCUAGCUAACUAGAUUUUGCAUCUUUGAGUUACCAACUUUAAGUUGCAAGUGAAUAAGUGGCUAGUGUGUACAAGUUUUGAAUUACAAUGGAAGAAGAAGAUGUUUACUCAAAAGAUGGAACAGUAGAUUAUCUUGGAAAUCCAGCUAAUAGAAAGAAAACUGGAACCUGGAAAGCAUGUCCUUUUAUCUUAGGAAAUGAAUGUUGUGAGAGAUUGGCUUAUUAUGGGAUGAGUACAAAUUUGGUGCUUUAUUUUAAGGAGAGGUUGCAUCAGCAUAGUGCUACUGCUUCCAAGAAUGUCUCGAAUUGGAGUGGAACAUGCUACAUCACACCAUUAAUUGGAGCCUUUGUGGCUGAUUCCUAUCUUGGAAGAUACUGGACCAUUGCCAGCUUUUCAAUAAUCUAUGUUAUUGGAAUGACACUAUUGACACUAUCUGCAUCAGUUUCUGGCAUAAAACCAACAUGUCAAGGAAAAGAAAAUUGCCAUGCUACUGAUCUACAAAGUGUAGUGUGCUUCACAGCUCUUUACCUUAUAGCUCUUGGCACUGGUGGAAUCAAGCCUUGUGUUUCAUCCUACGGAGCAGACCAGUUCGACGACAAUGACGAGAAUGAGAAGGAACACAAGAGUUCUUUCUUCAACUGGUUCUAUUUCUCAAUCAACAUCGGUGCUCUCAUUGCUUCUUCUUUAUUAGUCUGGGUUCAAGAUAAUGUGGGCUGGGGAUGGGGAUUUGGCAUUCCAGCAGUUGCUAUGGCAAUUGCAGUAGGGAGCUUCUUUUCAGGUACUAAAUUGUAUAGGAAUCAGAAGCCUGGAGGAAGCGCGCUCACGCGUAUCAGUCAGGUCAUCGUCGCGUCGAUAAGAAAAUGCAAUGUUAAAGCACCUGCUGAUAAGUCUCUUUUAUAUGAAAUUGCUGAUACAGAAUCCGCUAUCCAAGGAAGCCGCAAGCUUGACCACACAGAUGAGUUGAGAUUUUUCGACAAAGCAGCAGUGCUAGGACAAUCAGAUAAUGUAAAGGACUCCAUAAAUCCAUGGAGACUUUGCACUGUAACACAAGUGGAAGAACUGAAAUCCAUUCUAAGAUUGCUUCCUGUAUGGGCCACUGGCAUCAUAUUUGCAACUGUCUAUGGUCAAAUGGGCACAUUAUUCGUGUUACAAGGCCAAACCAUGAAUACUCAUGUUGGCAAUUCUAGCUUCAAAAUCCCACCAGCAUCACUCUCUAUCUUCGACACCCUCAGCGUCAUAUUUUGGGUCCCAGUUUACGACCGGAUCAUCGUACCAUUAGCGAGAAAGUUCACAGGCCACAAAAACGGCCUAACUCAGCUCCAAAGAAUGGGAGUCGGCCUCUUCAUAUCCAUAUUUGCAAUGGUAGUUGCAGCAAUUUUGGAACUCAUAAGACUUAGAUAUGUUAGAAGACACAACUACUAUGAACUCGAGGAGAUACCAAUGACAAUAUUUUGGCAGGUUCCUCAGUAUUUUCUUAUUGGUUGUGCAGAAGUGUUCACAUUAAUUGGUCAGUUGGAGUUUUUCUAUGAACAAGCUCCUGAUGCUAUGAGAAGUUUGUGUUCUGCUCUUGCGCUACUCACUAUUGCGCUCGGACAGUAUUUGAGUUCUCUGCUUGUGACUAUUGUGACAAAUAUCAGUACAAAGAAUGGAAGUGUUGGAUGGAUACCUGAUAAUCUAAAUUACGGUCACAUCGAUUAUUUCUUCUGGCUAUUGGCAGUGUUAAGUGUACUUAAUUUGAUAUUGUUUAUUGUGGUGGCUAGGUUGUAUACUUAUAAGAAAACGGUGGGAACUCUUCGCUGAAAAAAUGUGUUGAAUUGUGUUAUGGAAGUUCCAAUAGUACAAAGGAAGAUUAAUUACUUCACAGGGUCUUGUAUUCACUGUAAUCUCAGUAUGUGAAAUCAAAUCAUUGAACCA